GGAAGCUAAAAAUGGAGGAGAGCGACGUAGCAACACAAAAGGAGUCUCCUUUUGUAGAUAACACUUGUGGCGGAGACUCCGCUGAAAAGCCGCCUAAUGAAGCCACGGGAGAGGUUUCCUCACAGAUGUCAAACCCUGGGUCAGUUCAUAAGCCGUCCGAGGAGAGCGGAGCUCGGUAUAACAGGCUGAAGCUCUUCGACAAAGUGAUGCAGAAGAGCCUGGAGAAGUUCAUCGACCAUGUUAGUUUUAACAGAUUCGCCAGCACGUUUCGUCCACUGUACAAGAAGAACCCUCAGAGGAUGGAGAGCAUUCACAAGCAGUUCAUAGAGGAGUUGCGGCGGACUAUCCAGGAGGACAUCAGCAGACUGAUUGAAGAAGGCCGGUUAGAGGUCAAACUGAAUGAGCUGGACAAACUGGAGCGCGCUGCCAAGAACAACCCAGACCCUGCAUGGCGGCCCAGUGGGGUUCCCGAACAGGACUUUUGCAGCUUUUUGAUGCCCUACUAUCAAAAGCAGGAAGCUUACAUGCGACUGGAGCUGAAAAAGAUCCAAGCGGAGAAUGCUGCACUUGCACAGAAGGCUCAGGCUGGCAGAGAGAGUGUUGCUCAGACUGAAAACCGGAUUUCAGCAGCUGUUGAUGAGUGGAAGGCAUCAGUCACAGAAUUUGAAAGGUUGGCGUCUUCUCUCUGCCCUACUGAUGUCUUUGAUGUGUGAUCUUCAAAUUAUUCUACAAAUCAUCUAAGUUAACUGUACAUAUUGAUUUUGUUUACUAUGGCUGUUUGUCUUAAAAUAAACUUGAAAUUUUGGAA